GGAGCUCAAGCUUAGUCUUGGUGUAGUCUAGGGCACAGGAGUGUGGUCUACAGAUGUGUACUAUAAUAUGAUGGACUUCCCCAGCUCCCUCCAGCCCACGUUGUUUAUGACUGGCCCUCUUGGUCUGAGCGAUGUCCCUGACCUGUCCUUUAUGUGCAGCUGGAGAGACGCGCUGACUCUGCCAGAGUCCCAGCCCAAGAAUUCUGAGAAUGGGGCACUGCACUUCACCAAGGACCUGCUAUGGGAGCCGGUGACCCCUGGGCCCCUCCCCCUGCUGCCUCCUGCCCCUGAUCCCUGGGACUCUGGUGUGACUGCUCAUGACCUGCUUUUCCGUGGAGGUUAUCGAUACCGGAGACGGCCCCAAGUUGUGUUAGAUGGCACUGAACAGCUCAGCCGGUUCCUGUGGGAUCAUGGGGACAUAGCUUUUGCACCCCUGGGGAAGCUGAUGCUAGAGAAUUUCAAACUGGAGGGAGCACGAAGCUGCUCUAAGAAGAUGACAGUGGUCAGUGUGGAGAAGCUGCUUCAGGACCUCGGUGGACACCAGCCCUGGGGGUGUCCCUGGGCUUACCUCAGCCCCCGACAGCGCCGGUUCUCCAUCCUUGGGGGCUCUGUCCUGGGCAAGUCAAUGGCGAGCCUCCUGGGGGAGCUGCUGCAUGAGGAGCUGGUGAUGCAGUGGGAGCAGCUGCUUCUGGACCAGGCCUUCACCGGGGGUGCCUUGGCCUGGGUGCCUGGAAGGACACCCCGGAUCAGACAGCUUGUCUACCCUGCUGGAGGUGCCCUGGAUAGGCUGUAUUUCCAAGAAGUCAGUCUGAUCUCAGAUGGUAACCCCAUAGUCCAUGGGGACCCUGGACACAUCCAGCUCCGGGGACCUGUCCGACAGGUGGUGACCUGUACCGUCCAGGGAGAAUCUCUGCUGGCUGUCCGCUCUGACUACCACUGUGCCAUGUGGAAGGUCAGUAGGCAGGGGCUGCCAGUCCCCCUGCAGGUGCUGCAGGUGAAAAAGGGAGCCACUGGGAUCAGUCUCAGCCCUCACCUGCCUGGGGAACUGGCCAUCUGCAGCCGUUCAGGAGCUGUCUGUCUGUGGACCCCUCAGGAUGGGCUGCAGCAACUCUACAAGGACCCUGAGACCCUUGUCUUCCGGGACCCCUCUCCCUGGCGUUGGGCAGAUUUCACCGCCCACCCUCGGGUGUUGACUGUGGGUGACCGCACUGGUGUGAAGAUGAUCGACACUCAGGGCCCACCGGGCUGUGGUCUGCUGCUUUUCCGUGGAGGGGCAGAGGCCUCAUGCCAGAAAGGGGAACGUAUCCUGCUCACACAGUACCUGGGGCAGCCUGGUGCUGGAUCUCUGCCUCCCACUCUCCAUCUCCUCUGUACCCAGUUUUCACUCUACCUGAUGGAUGAGCGCCUCCCCCUGGUGCCGUUGCUGAAGUGGAACCACGGCCUCCCCUCCGCUCCGCUGCUGGCCCGGCUGCUGCCUCCACCACGCCCUGGCUCCCCGCAGCCCCUGCUCCUGGCAGGCCAGGGCGGGCAACUGCAGCUGCUGCACAUCACGGGAGAGGUGGCCUCCGUGCCCCGGUUGGCAGGGCCCCCCCAGUCUCUUCCUUCCAGGACCGACUCCCUCUCUGCAUUUCCCCUGCUGGAGCCAAAGAGCCAAUGGCUGCUGCAGGAGCGUCUAAAAGCACCAACCAUAGGUCUGGCUGCCGCCGUCCCGCCCUCUGCCUCUAUGCCUGUCCUGUCACUCUUCCAACUCUCGGCUGCUGGAGAUGUCUUCUAUCAGUGCCUUCGCCUCCAGGCAGACUGCAGCCCCCACAGGGACACUGGGCCUGACUGCCCAGUCUCCACGGCAACAGGAACCCCCCUAGACAAGACUCCCACCCCCCCCACAGCUUCCUGGACCCCACAGGAGACUGCCUGCUGCAGCCAGUGGCUGAAGGCCCUGCUGAAGGUGCCCCUGGCUCCCCCUGUGUGGGCUGCCCCCACCUUUUCGCAGCGCUCUGUGUUGCGCAGCCUGGAACUGCGGACACAGGAAGGGAAAGCACCAGAGGUGCUCCGGGCAGCCAUGGCCAAAGGGCAGCUUCUGCAACAGAAGGACCUGGGCUCACUCCCCAUGGCAGAGCCUCCCCCUGCCCCUGAAUCAGUCCCAGAGGAUGAGCUCAGUGAGCGAUUGGGAGAGGCUUGGGAAGGCCGAGGGCCUGCUUGGUGGGCGAGGCGACAGGGCAGAACCACAGAGCCUGGGAAACAGCCCAGGCGGCCCAAGCGGCGGACUCAGCUCUCCAGCACCUUCUCACUCAGUGGCUGCGUGGACCUCUCAGACACCACCAGCCCCCGUCACAGCCCAGACCGGACAUCCCUUGAGGCCAGGCCUCGGCUCCCAGCAACCCCGCUCUCCCAGGAAUUGACCCAGGACCUCUGGACCCCAAGCAUCCCCUCGGAGCAGCAGCAGACUUUCCAGGACUACAUGGCCAAGCUGCCACACCAAGGAGACACCCCGGGAUAUGCCGCCACACCCCGCUCCCAGGCCUCCAGCAUCUGGGCCGCCUCCUCCCAGCAGCAGACGCUCCAAGACCACAAGGCCAAGCUGCUGCUCCAAGGGGACACCCCGGGGUGUGCUGCCACAUCCCCCUCCCAGGCCUCCAGCAUCCGGGCUACGCCCUCCCGGCAGCACACCCCUGUCCUCUCUGGCUCUCAGCCUCGUCGGAAGAAGGCUCGCAUGGGCUUCUGAGGGUGCAGGGAAGGCUGCUCCCCACCCCAGAAAGCCCCUCAUCCUUCCUGGACCAGUGUGCCUUCCAAGGUGGAUACUUAGGAACCAGAGAGAACAGUGUCUGGGGUGCAGAGCUUUCUACCUCCUGAGGGCCAGUGUGAUUGUGGGAGACAUCCAAAAGUGAUUUGGAGCCAAGUCAAAGGAAUGGAGCCACAGAAUAGUUUCUUCUGUGGCUCAUCUGUUCACCUGAAGAUAAUUCCAAGGGCAAGUUGGAAAGGUGCUGGUGGUUCUGUCUUUAGGGCCAGUGUUGCAGGGAUGCCCCCGGGAGACAGUGCAGUCCAUGCUGGAGAGUGCCUGCCCUGCGCUGUCGCCUCAUCCCCGCGCUGUCGCCUCAUCCCCACGCCUCCCCGUCCUGGGAAGUGGCGCAGCGCCCCGAGCUCCUUGGGUCUGGUGAGGGUGGGGUGAGGCCCUGUCGGGCUCACGGGGCGGGCACAGUGGAGGUCGGCAGCUGUUCCGGGUUUGUGUUUAUUAAGCAGUCUCUACCGUGAUCUGAUGCUUUGUAG